AGCGCCACGGCACUCCAGCCUGGACCACAGAAUGAGACUCCGUCUCAGGGAAAAAAAAAAAAAAAAAAGCGAGCGCGUGAUGUCUGGAGCAGGUGCGCGGUUGCGACGGCCGCUGCGGGAGGCUUGGGCCGGCCCGGUUUCCCGGCACGCCGGCGCCACGCUCCUGGCGCGGAGGCCGCUCUAAGUUUCGCUUUCCAUUCAAUGGGAAACGAAAGCUGGGCGGGGCGCAGCCGAGCGCGUGGCCAGACCAAGGCGCGGAACUUCGGCCGCAGCUGCGUCCCCAGCUCAGUCACGCCGUGGAACUCAGCAGCGGAGGCUGGACGCUUGCGUGGCGCUUGAGAGAUCCCAUCGUGCCUGGCUCACACAAGCUCUUCCGGGAAGUGAAGUGCUGUCCUGAACGCGGCCCAGGCAGCCGCGGCCUGGGGGUUUUGAGUGAUCAUGAAUGGGCAAGGUAUUUGGGCUCAAGAGACAAACCUGUAAGUCCGUCCUGGCUGAGUCUCCGCAGUCCCCGGCAGAUCUUGUUGAAAAGAAGGAAGAAGACAGCAACAUGAAGAGGAAGACAGAGCAGCCCAGAGAGCAUCCCAGGGCCUGGGACUACCCUCAUGGCCUGGUUGGUUUACACAACAUUGGACAGACCUGCUGCCUUAACUCCUUGAUUCAGGUGUUUGUAAUGAACAUGGACUUCACCAGGAUAUUGAAGAGGAUCACGGUGCCCAGGGGAGCUGAUGAGCAGAGGAGAAGCGUCCCUUUCCAGAUGCUUCUGCUGUUGGAGAAGAUGCAGGACAGCCGGCAGAAAGCAGUGCGGCCCCUGGAGCUCGCCUACUGCCUGCAGAAGUACAACGUGCCCAUGUUUGUCCAGCAUGAUGCCGCCCAACUCUACCUCAAACUCUGGAACCUGAUCAAGGACCAGAUCACUGAUGUGCACUUGGUGGAGAGGCUGCAGGCCCUGUAUAUGAUCCGGGUGAAGGACUCCUUGAUUUGCCUCGACUGUGCCAUGGAGAGUAGCAGAAACAGCAGCAUGCUUACCCUUCCACUGUCUCUUUUUGAUGUGAACUCAAAGCCCCUGAAGACACUGGAGGACGCCCUGCACUGCUUCUUCCAGCCCAGGGAGUUAUCAAGCAAAAGCAAGUGCUUCUGUAAGAACUGUGGGAAGAAGACCCGUGGGAAACAGGUCUUGAAGCUGACCCAUUUGCCCCAGACCCUGACAAUCCACCUCAUGCGAUUCUCCAUCAGGAAUUCACAGACGAGAAAGAUCUGCCACGCCCUGCACUUCCCCGAGAGCUUGGAUUUCAGCCAGGUCCUUCCGAUGGAGCGAGAGCCCUGUGAUGCUGAGGAGCAGCCUGGAGGGCAGUAUGAGCUUUUCGCUGUGAUCGCGCACGUGGGAGUGGCAGACUCCGGUCAUUACUGUGUCUAUAUCCGGAAUGCUGUGGAUGGAAAAUGGUUCUGCUUCAAUGACUCCAAUAUUUGCUUGGUGUCCUGGGAAGACAUCCAGUGUACCUACGGAAAUCCUAACUACCACUGGCAGGAAACUGCGUAUCUUCUGGUUUACAUGAAGAUGGAAUGCUAACAGAUAUGCCCAAAACCUUCAGAGAUUGACACGCUAUCAUUUUCCACUCCGUUCCUGGAUCUAUGGAGUCUUCUGAGUCUUCUAAGAGAUUUUGUAAUGAGGAGAAGCAUCGUUUUCAGACUAUAUAACUGAGCCUUAUUUAUAAUCAGGAAUAUUACCAAAAUAUUUAACCAUGAGGGUCCUCAGGUCCUGAUCAGUCAGAAUGGACGCUUUCACCAGUGGACUCGGCCAUGUGGCUGCUCAGUCCUGGGUGCUUCCUGCUGUGCAAGACGUUAGCCCUUUAGUUAGCAGGCUGUGGGGAGUCCAGGUGCUCCCAGUGGGGAGAGCAGCGGCAGUGGGAGGCAUCUGGGGGCCAAAGGUCAGUGGCAGGGGGUAUUUCAGUAUUUUAUAACUGCUAUGACCAGACUCGUGUGUACUGGCUGAGUAUCAGUGCUGUUUGUAAUUUUUCACUUUGAGAACCGACGUUAAUUCUAUAUAAAUCAAGUGUUUAGUAACUGUUAUUCACUUAUUCAGCAAAUAUUUAUUGAUCACCUAUUCUCCAUAAAAUAGUGUGAUAAACACAAUCAUGAAUAAAGUUAUUUUCCACAAAA